AGCAGUCUCAUACAAAACUACAUAGAAGCAGAGGUAACUACGGAAAAGGAGGAUCGUAGCGGAACUCAGAUGCACCAACUCGCAAGCAUCCACGUUUAAAUUUUGCUUUGAUAGUUUAACACUCUCCAAAUCGACAUUUGAUCCCCGUACACAAAGAUGGUCAAGCCAUUCAAGGCACCUCGUUCGAUGACAGCCAGCGGUGGCCGAAGCGGCAGUGUCAGCUCCAAGGAAUCCGACCAGGUCUAUUGCGUACUGCUCCACGUGGUCGAGGCUAUAAACUUUAUUGGCCGCGAUGCCACCGAACGGGAGCAGAUAGUGAUGAAUGCCGCGCUGAACGGUGUGGACUUUGAGGUGGAGGGCACCCAGUCGGACGAGAACAUCAUCUUCAACAGCAAUUGCAUCUGGGAGUGCGACCUGGCUGGGAUCAAGCGGAUUAAAACCGACCACCGUCCCGUCAAAUUGACCUUCUAUGCCUGCCGUGGCGGCGGAGCGGAACGCAAGACCAUUGGAACGCUGCUCCUGCCCGUCCGAGGAUUGCCGGUGCUCGGCACGGUGGGCAGCCAGAAUAGUCCGCACUUGAAGAUGCUCUGGCACAAGCUCAUCUGUACAAGCAGCGAGUUCCGUUCCCACAAGCCGGAGGUUCUGCUCAUGCUGGCCAUUAUUAAGAAGUCCAUCCUGCACACCAAGGACUUUGAACACUUUAUGCAGUUCACCGAAGUCAAAUCGCCACCCACACCGCCGAUGCAGUCGCCCGGACACUCGAUAACUGCCAGCAUGCUCCAGUCGCAGGCCAACGUCUAUGUGCAGUCGUUGGUGCAACUGGGCCUGCUGCAGGUGGGCAAUGAUCCGCUGGUCGAUUGCGACAUCAUCGAGGUGGUGCUGCAGUUGAAGCAGCUGAGGAACGUGACCGGGCUGGUGAAGUCACUUAACCAGGGCAAGCCACCCAGCUCGGUGAUCCUGGUGUUCGACUUUGUGGGCAAUGUAACCAACAUCGAGUUGAAGUUAAACGAAUCCGACACCUAUACUCUCAACGAUGUCCUUGGACUGCGUUUCAAAACAUCCUUGCGCAGCAUGAGGCUCUACUUUCAGCGCAUCUUCUACUUGCCCAUCAACAUGUACAUGAAUGGCACGGCCAUAGCUCAUUACCGCAUGAACUUUACUAAUCUACUGCCUGCGGACGACUUCUUCUCCGAGAACCGAAAGUACACCGCCAACGGCUCCUUUUCCUUUAACCGAUUUGGCCGCACCGACAGCGGCAGGGAACCCAAGCCGCCACUAAUGGAGUACACCUUUAGUGUGGACCUCAAGACGAUAUUUUCACGGCAGGAGCAGGAGGAGCCGGAACCAACACCUUCGAUCGCCAGCGGCGUCAUCCGUGAUGUGCCAAAGGGUCGCAAGGACCCCGAAGUAACCUUGCAGUCACAAAACAACGCAUCCUCGGAAAGUCUGAAUGUAGGUGCCGAGUUGUCAGCCUCGGAAGGAUCCUAUCGAUCUUUGCCUCACGAAGAUGUGUCCGACUCGGAUGGUCCGUCGGAUUUGGGAAAGUCUCAGAACAUUAGGAAGAAAUUCACCCGAUUGAGUACUGAAGAGGUUAACUUGGAUAGCGAGGAUGAGCAGUAUUUGGGAAAGAGGUUUUCCGCUUCAGUAGUUCGCUCUAGUUUGAAUUUGAAUGAAGGUGAAGAGGCAGGUGAACUGGCUCCAUUGCAUGAUUCAGAAACGGAAGCAAUAGAAACGAAAUCAAAUACCAAAAAAUCAAAACACAAUACAUCUUUACCAAGCAAGUCCAAGGAUUCGUUCCAGGAAUCAAAACAAUUAGUCAGGGAAUCUUCCCAUUUAACAUCUACAUCUUCACGAAAUACCAGAAAUCCUUCGGAGGAUCUCGAGAAUGUUCAAGAGCUCACUUCUUUAGACUUGUUUGAGUUGGAGGAGAAAAGACAAGCGAAGAUAGCUGAGUUGGAAAGAUUAAAGGCAGGUCAAAGCGAAUCCUUAGUGCAAGCGAAACUCAAAGUAAGGAAAUCCAAGGUGGACCUUGAAGUGCAGGGGAAUAAAAGCCAACUAGAAACUAUAAAUGAGGACCUACCAAAACCUUUAAGAAAAUCCAAGCCGGUUUCCAGUUGUGAACUAAAGAAUAUACCAAUAGUCCAGAAAAAUCCUCCUAAAUUAACUAAUCCAACGGAAAACGACAACUACGAAGAAAAUGACGAGGACUUAAGUUUCGAACAUGCUCUUCCCGAAAUACAGAGUUCCUCCAAAAAAACAAAAGCUUCAAAAACUGUGCAACCACCUGAGCACAUGGAUACUGAUUUAGAUACAGACAUAAGUGUUCUUAGCAUUCGAAAGAAAUGCAAAACCAAAUCGAAACUAGUAGUUUCCGAUGAACUCGAUAUCUGUGAGGAUUCAUCCACCAGUACGCUGGGAAAAAGAAGACCUAAAACCUCUAGGGGCGAUCUAAACCUGCGAGCCCGUUGGGUGGAGGUUAAUAAGGUGCAGACUGAAGCCUUGGUUGAAACGGAAAAGUUUCUUCAGGAGACUUGCCGUGCCGAGCUCGACGAGGUCCUCUACGAGGAUCAGGUGGCGCUCAGCCAGGCAAAAGCUGCCAAGCCAAAGAAGAAACUUACAAAACCCAAAGAGGACAAGGUCAAGAGAAUCGACUAUGAAAGUUCUUAUGAGAAGGAACUCACUUUCUGUCAGCCUGAAAUGGAUCCUGUGACAAUGCUAAGUGAAAAUCCCAUGGAUCUGAACGAUUUGCAGAGCUCGGAAGAGUAUAUCUCUCUGUCGGAAGGCAAUUCAUUACCAGCAGAAAUGGUUUACACAGAAUCAGAACAGCGGGUUACUUUGGCCCACACCAAACACGAAAAGCAAAAAGUGAGAGCUUUGUCAAAGAGCAAUCUUCUGGUUGAGGUCAGGAACUCCGAAGAAUAUAUCUCUAUCUCCGAGGGCAAUUUAAGAUCCUCUGCCCGUUCCAAAACAGAUUGUGUUAGGAAAAAGAUAAGAAGUACGAUUCACGAGGAUCAGGAGAAGCUGGCGGAGAUUACACCCUCCGAGGAACAUUCUUCGCAUUCGGAAUCCCGAGGGAUCGAGAAAGCAAAUUCAAUAACCGAAAAGCCUCAAGUAGAUCGUGUAAAAAAAAGAAGAGGUCUACGACAGGAGAGCCAAAAAAGUAUCUUCAAGGCGGAGGAGGAUGUAGAAUGUUUAGAGAUAAUAAAUCCAGUUAUUGAACAGACGGAUGUGCAAGUCGUGAAAAAGAAAAAGGUUAAGAAGACUUUGGUCACGGAUAAUGCUGUGGCUCUCGACUAUGAAACUGUAGAGGAGAAAACAGUAAAGCCUGUCAAAAAGAAAAUAAUCAGGAAAAAAUCAAUUAUUGUGGAUAACAUAGAAGACACCGAAAACAGAAGACCAACCGAUGAAGUUGUUUCUGUUCAAACUAAAAAAAUUGUAAAAAAAAAGACCAAGCCUCCAUUGGUUGAGGAAUCUACGAAAACCAAAAAAGGAGAAUCUCGAAGUGAGUUUAGAAACUUGACAACCUCUGAGGAUGAUUUUAGCAUGGAACAACCUUUAAAUGCAAUUGACUCAAUAGGACAAAAAAUCAAGUCCUGGCGGAGGCAACAAAUAGACCUCUUUGAGCAGGAAUUGGCACGCAAGGAAAUGCAGUACAUAAAACAGCUGGAGGAGAUGAAAGGCCAGGAGGCCAGAUUACAUCAACUACACAAGUGGGAGCCGAGUCUGAACGAGACCUUCAUAAGCAGAAAAAGUAAUGUAUCGGCAGUUGACUAUGAGGCGAAGUUUACAGAGCUUGAGGAGCACAUAGCCCUACUGAAAUCGGAGAUGGAGGAGCAGGUUAGGCUUUUCGAGGAUCGCAGUGGAGAGUUGCGGCAGGAGAACCUGCAGCUGUACACCGAAAAAACUGAGCUAAAGGUGCGCAUCGCGGCCAUGGAACAGCAGAUUGGGGACCUCAAGGCGCACGGCUCCGACGAAGGAGGAGAUCUUAAGCAAGUUCUCGGAGAACUAAGAUCGCAGCAUUACCGGUAUAAUAAUCUGGCACGCGAAAAGGAACUCUAUAGGAAGCGGUGGCGCAGGUCGGCCAAGCGGGUGCACGCCCUAAAACUGGCCAUGUACGAAAGGAGCUUGGAGAGGGAGCAAAACAAUAUUAAAUUCGAGCCCAUUGACCUGCGAAAGAUCCUGACCAAGGAUGCUGCGGAAUUCGAGCGAGAGUACGGACAGUUUCGCCAGAAUGGCAUGUCUCCCAGAUAUCCGCUUAAUUCGCUGUCCGGAUCCGGUGACUUUUCGCCUCCAAGCAGAAAGCGAGUGGCGGCCAAUAAGAUUUAAAAAUACGAUCCAUUCGAUUUUACCAAAUUAUCUGUAUGAACUUUGUUUUAUUCAUUUAACUUUAUCGAGUUUGUUCGUUUUUUUUUUUAAUAUACACGCUAAAAGAUUAAACAUA